UUCGUCUGAGGUGAGGUUGCUGUUGCAGCAGCCAGGAUGAAACAGUUCAAACGUUUUUCAACUUCACUCCCGUGUCUCCCAGAUCUCUUUGUGAGAGGAGGAUGAAAGGAUAAUCCACCAAGGAAUAACGGUGUUGUGGGUCAGGGAUCUGAUGCGCUCAGGAGUGAUGCAGUCAAAUGAGAAACCCAUCUGGUAUGACGUGUACAAGGCAUUUCCACCAAAGAGAGACCCGCUAUAUGUGAAGCCAUACACCAGAGUAAUAGUAAAAAGACCGGAUCUAGUUCCUGAGAUCUUUUACAAGGAGGAUAAAGUCAGAGCGAAAUUUUAUGAAAAGUAUGGUCCAAGUCCUCGGGUGUUUGAGCUCAUCAAGUCCUCCCAUGUGUCUUUAUCUCAGAAGUUUGUCGACAAGUACACAGAGCUCCAGAGCCAGAGUGAACUGGAUGAAACCGCUCUGUUCAAUGAAACGGCCAAAGCUUUACUGAAACAGGGCAUCCUUCUUAGGAGGAGAGGAGCUCAACCAACUGUGUCAGCAGUGUCCGCAGACGCUGUGGAGAAACUGAACAUCGAAGACGUGUGGACAGAGCAGCAGUCAGCCAGUGCAGACAGUGCAGAAACACAGCACGGUGAUACCCAGACAGACACAUCUCCAUCUGUGGACCUCAACACCUCAAAAACGACUGAAUGAGCUGCAGACACACACACACACACACACACACGCAGCGUCAGCUGUGGUCACCUGUCCAGACAUGGUCAUCUCAGAUCUGCUCCAGUGUCAGGAGGACUGUUUGGACGCCGUGUGUUUCCAAGAUGGAUUCUGAAGGAGACUCACGAAACAAAGACGUUACUAAACUAAAAUCCUGACUCCUCAACACAUGAACAUUGAUCUUAGACUUUUAAAAAUGUAACUGGUUACAAUGUGGAAAAACAUCUUUGUAAAAUGUUUGGUUGCAUAAUAUAUUAUUAUUAAAUAAACUAUGUUGCAUUACAA